AUGAUCCAUAAUAAUAACCCCCAGGGAGAGAAGGAAAAUGUUGGUUCGGGACGGAGAACCGCGGCGCCCCAUUGCCAUGGCCCCCCCCAAGGCUAUACAGUGCAGACGGGAGUCUCACUUUUCUACCACGGUUCAGGUCUCAAACCCAAUCACAUCGCCAGUCAUCACAUGCAGGAGAUCCGCAAAAGUGGAGAUCAGUGCACUGGAAGUGUGACGAUGUGGUUAGGAGUGGAACUAGUUCGGGUCAUAACUGCUCGGGUGCAGAACGCACCGGCCACUAGUCUAGUCAGUAGGAGUAAUAUACAAGCCUCCUUGUUGGUGAAACAGAAGAUGACAGCAUAUCUUUGGGGUCAGUCAGUAACUUGGGUCUCUAGACUACCCCUGACUAGAACUGCGGUCUUCCGACUACCGCGAUAUCGAGUGGGGCUGGACUCCGAUCGGCCGUCUGGACUGGAGGCGAGCUGGUCUCGGGAUGGCAGAGAUAGCAUGAAGAUGAAGAAAACUGGCGUAAAGAAAUAUGAGAGGAGCUGUAGGAAUGUUGAGUCCAGCCUGAUGAGAAUUGACCAGCAACAAUGGCCCUCUGGGCAGUGA